AUGUCGUUAAAGGACCAGCUAUUGAAGCUUAAGAAGUGCAGGAGAGCCAUUCAUUCAAGAGAGGGUGAGAGAGUGAGAUUUGGAGACACGGAAGAUAUGGACGACGAGACGAUUCUUGAUCUUGUUCCGAUCCAGACUCCAUACACAAGUACCAGAAGCUUGUUUUUUGACCGCCAGAAGCAAACCGAAGAAAAAGAGGAAAGGUUUAGUAGGAAGUUUUCUAAGUUCCUGAAGGAUCUAGUGAAGUAUGGAAACACAAAUGAUAUCGAGUAUUUGUUUGAUUAUCUUGUAAGAAGAUACUUAUGUGACACCUUCAACCCGAAGGAAAUGAUUUUUUUCUUACUUCCAUUUAGGAAGUACUAUGGGCAGAUUUUAUGCCUGAGCAGAAGAUCGGACUUCAAUUACUUUUCUGUGCAGCCGACAUACUCAUAUCAAUUUAUUGGGAAUCUUUGCCUGAGGGAAAGGCAGUUCUUUGACUUUUUUGUGGAAUACUUCGAGUAUUUCAAAUACGUACGAGAAUUCUGUCUCGACGUACUUGGAUAUAUAAUUUCUGGGAUGAGAAAUGUAGACAAAGACUUUUCAAUGCAAUUUUUCGAGAUAAUAUCCCACUUGAUUAAGUUAGAGGAAAACGGUGUGGCAGUAAAAGUGUUUUUCGAGAUAAGAGAUUAUAUCGAAGAAGUUCUUGAUGAGUUUAUCGAGGUUCUGGUGCCUCAUUUCAAUAAGGAAUAUCUUAUAUCAAGAAGACCGAGGGAAGUAGAACGUGAGAUUAGUAUUCCACACUCGGAAGCUGCGUUUUUUAGAAAUAUAUAUGACAAUGAAGAGGAUAGGAAAAUUCUAGGUGACAUCAGCAGAUAUAAGAACUACGUGAUAUGGUUAUACAGAGAGGGGCUGGCUCUGAAAUCAUUCAGCGAUUCGGAAUUCAAAGCUUUGAAAAUUCUGUGUGGAAUCGAGGAGGGGAGGAUUGAUGGAGAGAUAUCUAUCUAUAUUGAUUUAUUUAAUGAACUAAGAGACAAGAAGGGACUUAUUGAGCUGUUGAACUAUAACUUCCCUAAGGACAUUCUCAUACUUACUCCAUAUAUGGGAGAUGAAGAUAAGGCAUAUCUAUCACGGUUGUCUCCAUGGUUAUGGAAGUGUUUGAUAACCGAGAGCAACUAUGACAUGGUUGUCAUGAAUAUGCCAAGAAGAACCAUCAAGGAGGAUCUGACCAAGAUCAUGAAGGUGUGCUUAAAGUAUGUAAGAUAUGAUGCGUCUGUGUUUAUAGAGUACUUGGACAGGGAGGCACUUCUGUUACUAAUGGAGGAAUGCUUAGAAGAUAUCUUUGUAAGAAACAUUGUUGAUACAGCCAAGCUUAUGAGCAUAGACUUAACACCUAUAAUUGUUGAAAAGAGGUUCUACACCAACCCAGGAUACUUGAACUAUCUUUCAGAAGAGCCAAGAGGUCUUACGGUGGAGAUGAGCAGGAGGAUAUUUGAAGAUACCAUGAAACACCCUGGAAAAGCACAUGUGGAUGCAUUUUGUAGAUAUCUGCAUCAAAUAGAAGACCAGGGGCUUGUAAAUGAUGCCCUGAGAUGCUUAAUAGAAAAGGGAUAUUUCUAUCCAACAUUCUACUCUGCGCUAAUGUUUCAUAUGGAAGUAUUGAGUGAAGAAAGUUGUGAAAGAAUUUUAGAUAUAAGGGGAUUCUCUAAGGAAAACUAUCCUGUUGUUGAUAGGUUAUAUAGAUAUCGGGAGAAUAUAGCUGAUGAAUGUCUUAUGGAAAGGCAUUACGACGCUCUCUUUUUUCUAUGCAAAAGAUAUGGAUUUUCUAAGGUCCUUGGAAACAGAAACGAUGAGUAUGUAACGGAUUUCGUUGAUAUGCUGUCUAAGCAAGAUUUACCCCCUGAAGAAGUGGAGGAAUUGAUCCACUAUUCUUCUUCUCUUAUUGCAUUUGAAAGGAAGAAAAUAGUCAAGACACUGUUCCAAAAUAGAUAUGUUCCUCAUCUUAUAAAAUGUGGUAUGCUAAAGGAGUGGCAAGUCAUAAAGGUCAUUGCUAUUGAGCUGAUCCUCCAAUACAACCAGCAUAGACAAUUCUGCUUUGAUUAUUUCCUCAGUAAUUACAAUGAUUUCAAAAAUGAUCUUGAUCUUCUGGACGUAAUCAUAAGAGAUGGAAUCAGUGUAGACUAUGCAAAGCUUAUGGAGGUCUUCAAAGGCUCCGAAAGCUAUUUCAGAAGUGGGCUUGCAGACAUUCUUUUGAGGAACCUUUCAUUCAAUUCCUUGGGAUUUGUGCCUGUGAUUACUCCGAGUAUGAUAGAAUACAAGAAGGAGUCUGUUAGGAUACUCUUUAAGGAACAUAAAAACAUCAUGGGUCCCUAUGUCAAGGAUGUUCUUCUAAAAUUCCCAGAAAUAGAAGACUGUAUGUUUGAAAUUGAUCCUCGGCACCUUCUUGCAGGAUCCAUGAAAGCAUACACAGAUGUGCCAAAUGAUCGCCAUCUUGAGUUCAUGUAUAAGGUACUCGAUCUCCCAGACAUAUUUUUACCCUUGCCCGUACUUGAGAGGAUCAUGACAUUCCUUGGCGCAAAUGUCUCAAGAGCAAAAGGCAGACUUUUUACGAAGUUCUUCGGAGUCUAUCUAAGGGCUUAUCCAUCUGCAGGUGAAAAGAUUCAACUUCUUUUGGAAACCCUCUAUUCAAGCAAUAGAAAUAUCUUUUUUGAGGUGUCUAAAACAUCCCUUCCUCUGUGUUACAAAAUCUUUAAGCCGUAUUCUGAUACCAUGGUCAGGAUGGCCAAGGAAAAAAAUAGAGAUGCAAUAGCAUUCAUAACUGAAUAUUUAUAUUGGGAUCUAGAAUACCGUAUUCCCCACAGAAAACUAUUUGAGGCAUUUUUUGAAUUCUAUUGUGAUGAGCCAGACAUUCUAUAUGCUAGGUGUAUCAGCAGUAUCCUCAGGCAUAAUCCAGAAGAAAUUGAAUAUGCUAACGAUAUGAUGCUUAACAAAAUGAAAGGAGACAAGGCUGUUAUAAUCCUAGAGCUACUCCAAGUGCUAUACCAGAAAGUAUAUCACUUUAAGAAAUGCCUUGUAAAAAGCUCCCCAUACUUCGCAUUAGUCGUGGAUAGUACAAGAAAAGAUAUCUCAAGUGCUGCUAGGAAACUGCUUAGUAUAAUUGAAAGGAAACAUAACAAGGGUGGGUAUCAACUACUUCAGUUAUAA